CCUAACGAAGUAGGUGUGACGAUCAGUCAGCUGAUUCUUGCAAGGCUUACGGGAUCGGCUUGGGAAUUGUUAUUCCCUUCACUCCAGGAAAAUCUUGAUUUUCACUUAAAAACAAUAGUUGAUUAACGAUGGCGCUUCAUUCUGCAGGAAAAGGAAAACUUCUUGCCGUUAUUGGUGACGAGGAUACUUGCGUGGGAUUCCUGCUGGGAGGUGUUGGUGAAAUCAAUAAGAACCGUCAAUCCAAUUUUAUGGUGGUUGAUAAGAACACUGCAGUUAGUGAAAUUGAAGAUACUUUCAAACGUUUCAUCAAGCGAGAUGAUAUUGAUAUCAUACUCAUAAAUCAAAAUAUUGCUGAAAUGAUUCGUCAUGUCAUUGACAGUCACACUCAGCCUAUUCCAUCUGUCCUAGAGAUUCCAAGCAAAGACCAUCCAUAUGAUGCGAGCAAAGACUCGAUUUUGCGGCGUGCAAGGGGUAUGUUCAAUCCGGAAGAUAUUCAUUAAUGUACAAUAUUUCAGCACACACUGAAUUGGUAAUGAGAGUAUUGUAUACUAAAAGUAUUUACGGACCCAUGUAUAAUUUAUUAGAGUAACCAAUAGGUCCACGUUACACAAACUAUUCCUGUGAAUAUAAAUAAGAAAGUCUAACAUUCCAUCACAUAGCGACUCUUAUAACUUUUACCACACUUAAAAAUUUGCUUAUUGCAACUACCCUAAACAAAAGUGCAUAAUGAAAUUUGUGAACGUAUCAAAUACAUAUUCAAAUUGGCAUUGGUAUAACUUGUAAAAUGUAAAAUCUUUUAAUCAGUUGAUGGAAAUUGUAAAAUAUUAUAUGUCAAAGAUUA